GCUGUUUCUCCAGUCCUAUUAAUUGUGUUACUUUGUGAUGUUUGAAAAAUACAUUAUGACUGUAAACGUGCCUCUAUUCUCUCUUGGCUCUGUAUUAAUGCCCACGUUGUCUUCUCAAUGUUCCAGGCUGGUCCAGUGGAGAUUCUUCCCUUCUUGUACCUUGGCAGUGCCUUCCAUGCCUCCAAAAAGGACAUGCUGGACGGCAUGGGCAUCUCGGCCUUGCUCAAUGUGUCCUCUAACUGUCCCAACCACUUCGAGGGGGUCUACCAGUACAAGUGCAUUCCUGUGGAGGACAACCACAAAGAGGACAUCAGCUCCUGGUUCAUAGAAGCCAUUGAGUUUAUCGACUCGGUAAAAGACUCUAACGGGCGUGUGCUGGUACACUGCCAGGCGGGCAUCUCUCGCUCUGCCACCAUCUGCCUAGCGUACCUGAUGAAGAAGAAGCGUGUUCGCCUGGACGAAGCCUUUGAGUUCGUCAAGCAACGCCGCAGUAUCAUCUCCCCUAAUUUCAGCUUCAUGGGUCAGCUGCUGCAGUUUGAGUCCCAGGUGCUGGCCACGUCAUGUGCGGUGGAGGCCGCCAGCCCCUCGGCAGCCAGCCUGGGCCCCAAGUCUUCCUCCACUCCCACCUCGCCCUUCAUAUUCAGCUUCCCCGUCUCCGUGGUAGCACAUGGCCAGCCCAGCAGCCUGGCCUACCUGCACAGUCCAAUCACAACCUCGCCCAGCUGCUGAUGCCCCGCCCCCACAGACAGAUAUUGACACUGAACUGACCCGGGGGGCUCCUGUCAGCCCCAUUCCUCUCACUAUCCAGGGCAGAGAGAGAGAGAGGUUCUCUUCUCCUAACUGGUAUAAGCUGAAAGGUCCAUUGACAAUUAAAAACUGAGGGUGCCUAUGCUGCUGCCUGACUCAAAAAACUGUAUAGAAUAUGACACACAUACUCAUCACUAUUUAAUGAACAUUAAAUAAGCUUUUUCUGAAAACAGGCUCAAGAAGAUAUGCAGUUCCCCUGGUUUAGUGCGAAGGACGGGGCGGCAGACUUCUAAGUUGCAGUCCAUCUCUUUCAUUUCCUGUGGAGUUUUCCAAAGCCUCUCCAGUCUUGCUGAGAGGGGUGAAUGGCUGUGUGCAGAGAUGCAGAGAAAACGAAAGAGCAAAGAGGGGAGGAGGGGGAAAGAGAGAGAAAGAGCGCUCAGUCAUUUAGUGGCUUCCUGAUGGAGAGCAGGAGGCUCUUCAGUUGUGACAGGUGCUCUACUAGCGUCCUGUCCAGCUUCCUGUCCCUGACAUCCCCAUCCUAUCUCCCAUGCACCCCCUCCUCUCCUCUCUUCUCCUGGAGUAGGACUGCUGAUGAAUGACAGAAUAAAAGCGCCCCCCUUGUGCAGGAGGAGAGGCCGUUGAGAUAAAGAGACUAGCUUUCUGAGACGGUGCCAAUUGAACGUCUGAGCCCUUGCUACACAGCCGGGCAACCCCUGGUGUUCCAUGUAAUAGGCUCGGUCAGAUGGACAGAUAUGCUUUUGAGGGGAAAGUUAGUUUUUUCUGUUUUAUGGUCAGUGCCUUGUUCAGAAAAGGUAUAGGAUGUUUUUUCUGGCGCUUUUGGAUGUGCUCAAGUACCCCAGCGUCUUUUCUUUUCAAACAGACUGAGGCAGAUAAACUGGGAAAUCUCUACACAACAAUAACGUUUCAAGUCAACACUGCAAUACAGACAAUGUAUUCUCCCCCAAGUAGAGCAAUAAUGCGUUUCUCUCUCUUCCAGUUGCCACCAAAGCACUACAUUGUGUUGUGUAUUUCUGAUCAUGUUUUUAUGUGUAUUCGUUUAUCGAUACAGACAGGAUAUUUGAGAAGUGUUUUUUUGCCUUACCAAUAAUAAUUGUUUUAAUUCUCAAGAUAAGAAUGUGUCGUUUUUCAUCCAUGUAUGGAGGCAUAGUGUUGUCUGUUACAUAGGUACUAUUUCUUUCCAGACCAUAUAUCUUGAUUGGCCUAAUGCUUGUUGGAGGAGGGAUACUUAAUUGGGAACUGACCUAUGAACCUGUUGUUGACUUGUUUUUUUGUCUUAUCACUGUUACUCCACCAAUGUCUAGUAGAUCCAGUCUACUUUCUAAUUGGGAUGAUUUCCCAGCUACGCACAAACACCCCUAAGAAACAGACACUGGGAUAUCAGACCACUGGGAAAAGAUAAAGUAGAAAAGUGCUUGUGUGUGCUGCCACUGGACUGACUCCUGUGAAAUGGUUCAUUGUUUUUCUUUUCAUGUUAAAGAGACAGUUCUCCAGGCGACGAUCAGAGCCAGGAGCAAAGGCUUCUGGGGAAACAGGAUUUAAUUCUCCUCCUCUUUUUUGAAGAAUGUUGGCACCUUUUAUAGAGCACUUUUAAGUGAUGCAAUACUGUAUUAUUUAAUUGAUUUGCACAUUAUUGUUACGAUACCAGGUGGUAACUGAUUACUUUUCAUACACCCAUUUUGUUGUUUUGUACUUGAGCAAGGGUAUGUAAAUGAUAUGAAGAUGAGAGGCGUUCUCUGGUCCACAAUCAUUGAACAAUGCAAUACUUUCUACCUGUGUCAAGUGAAAUGCUGUUGUCUCAUUAUGGCAAUAUCAUUCAUCAAGUUGACAUUUUUAAACUUUUUUUGUUCAAUUGUAUAUGCUUUAUUUAUUUCUAAAAUUCCAUUGUUAAAUACAACAAUGUUCUUAAAAAAAGAAAAUCUCUGUGUCUUAUUUGCAUGAAACAUCACACAUGGUAUCUGGGAAGGCUACAUAGUGAUGGUAUUUUUUAUAUUCAUGAACACUUUAUUACACAAAUACCUAGGUCAUAAACAGGCAGAUGACUCAUAUUCAAAUACAACCUUGAAUUUAAACAUUUUUGGUAGUUCUAAUCACCAGAUCAUAAUUGCAAGCACAUGUAAUGUUCCACUUUAAUAAUGGAACACUAGUCACCUUAAUAAUGUUUACAUACUGCUUUACUCAUUUUAUAUGUAUAUUCUGUAUUCUAUUCUACUGUAUUUUAGUCAAUGCCACUCAGACAUUACUCAUCCUAAUAUUAAAAAUAUUUAUUAAUUCGAUUAUUUUACUUUAAGAUUUGUGUGUAUUGUUGUGAAUUGUUAGAUACUACUGCACUGUUGGAGCUAGGAACACAAGCA